AAUUAAAAUUAGAUGUUCCGAAUCCGCUACCGCUUUUCAAACAUCUAACAACAUCCCAUACGGGGUCACGUCAGAACGACCUUUCAGAUGUGAAUAAACAUUUCAGAAUUAGCCAAUCAGAUUCGAGUUUCUAAAUCCGUGUCGGUUGAAGCUUACAACAUGGCGUCCGAAGAAGUUCUGAAGAUGUUCAAUGUAAAUAAACUGAAAAAAGAGCAGGAAGAGAUACUUAAAUGCAUUCUGGACGGCAAGGACUGUUUAGCCGUGUUACCAACAGGCUAUGGCAAGAGUCUGCCAUAUCAAAUGGCCAUUCCUCAACAGAGAGCGUUGGGAAAAGUGGCCCAGAAAAUCAUCGUAUGCUGUCCCUUGAUUGCCCUUAUGAAAGACCAAGUAGAAAGGCUUUCCAAAAUACCAAACAUUCGGGCGAUAUACAGAGAUGGUACCCAGGAAGCUGACCGCAUUAUUAAGGAAGGUGCAUUUGAUUACCUAUUUGGGUCCCCAGAGUUGCUUGUUGGUGAUAGCUCAUUCAGAGACCAGUUGCAUCAGUUUGGUGUAUCAACUAUUGUUGUUGAUGAGUUUCACACCAUUGCAUGCUGGUGA